AUGGUCUUCUUCUUCUUCGUCUGCGGCCAGUACACCUUCCGGUCCGAAGUCAAGGGCUACGAGGGCGUCAUCUGCCAGUGCCACAACUGUGGCAACAUGUCUGGCCGUGUCAUCAAAAGCCGCCCAUUCUUCACCUUUUGCUUCGUUCCCAUCAUACCCUUCACCAUAUCUGGCUUCGUUGAAGUCGUCUGUCAUAUAUGCAACUUCAAACAGCCGCUGAAAAAUCGCCCUGAUGUCGUCUCCAUGCAAAACGGCGGCAACCCCGGAGCUGGGCCUUAUUCCCCGCCGGCAAAUCCAGGAUGGGGUCAGCAGCAGUACCAGGGUCAGCCUCCAGCGAGGUAUGGCUAG